AAGGUGAAUUACUAGAGUAUCUUCCCCUUCCUUCCCUUGGGCCUUGGCGUAAAAGAAAGAGAAAUCUCCAUUCUCGUCGUCUCCUCAGCUGCUUGCGCCAAGACGAGUCGCGGCUCAACAGGGGGAGGGGCGGCGAUCUCCAUCCAUCCGGCGAGCAGAGCAGGGGAGGGGAGGGGAUCCUGGAAAAUGCUAAACCUUAUUAAGAUAAAGGGUCAAAAGAAGGAAGAUGCAGCCAAUGCAAAUGGAAAGCCUCCUGCCAAAAAGCAAAGUCCAGGGGAGUUGCGUCUUCACAAAGAUAUUGCUGAACUUAACCUUCCUAAGUCGACUAGAAUUUCUUUUCCUAAUGGCAAGGAUGAUUUGAUGAACUUUGAAGUUACUAUUCGACCUGAUGAGGGAUACUAUGUAGGUGGUAAAUUUAUUUUUACUUUCCAAGUUCCUCCUGCCUAUCCUCAUGAACCACCCAAAGUCAAGUGCAAGACUAAGGUCUAUCAUCCCAAUAUUGACUUGGAGGGAAAUGUCUGCCUUAACAUUCUGCGUGAAGAUUGGAAGCCUGUCCUGAAUGUCAACACGAUUGUAUAUGGCUUGAAUCUUCUUUUCUCACAACCUAAUGAUGAGGACCCUCUAAAUCAUGAGGCGGCAGCAGUUCUUCGAGACAACCCAGAAAAGUUUGAGAGAAAUGUCCAGAGGGCAAUGGCUGGAGGCUAUGUUGGUGAAACCCACUUCCCUAGAUGUAUGUAAGGCCUGAAGAUGGUGAUCGGUACCUGACUUAUCUGCUGCUGCCAUUUCUCCUACCAAUGCACUAUGGUAAAAGCAGUAUAUGUAACCAAGAAGGAACUUCUCUGUUAUGUAACAACAGCAGUUGCUAGAAAGUAAGUUAGUGAGGCAAUUGAACUCACGUUCAUAACCCGCAAUCCGAAGACUCUGGGUUAACCUGUUGUGGCAAAUGUUCUCUUUUGGCCCUCGCGCGCAUCUCAGUCAUUCUGAUUCAUACCAGUUUCUGAGAUGCUUUUGUAUAAUGCCAGCUAGAGAAAAUGCUGAACAGUAUGUGUGUGCUGCACUUACUGCCUGUUAUGACUUAUGGCUACCAGGAAGUAAGAACAAGUUCACUAACAUUGCUUAAUGUAACAUGCUACCUUGGGUAGUUGUGUUGUUCUUUUUUC